ACAAUGGCAAGUAAUGUGUGCAGCCAUGUAAAGGUGGUUGUUCGAGUGAGGCCAACCAAUGACAGUGAGAAGCGUGAAAACUGUCAAAAUGUGGUCCAGGUUGUUGAUAACCACAUGCUCAUAUUUGACCCCAAAGAAGAGGACAUGUCAUGUUUUGGGUCACAAAGAGUACGAAACAGAAACAUCAACAAAAGGGCUAACAAAGAUCUCAAGUUUGUUUUCGACCAUGUCUUCAAUGAGAACUCUACCCAAGUUGACAUCUUUGAGAACACCACUAAAGUAGUGUUGGAUGGUGUGAUGAAUGGAUUUAACUGCACAGUGUUUGCUUACGGUGCUACCGGAGCAGGCAAGACACAUACAAUGUUAGGUUCACAAGACGACCCCGGGGUCAUGUAUCGUACCAUGAAAGAGUUGUUCAAACGCAUGGAUGAUGCCAAGGAGGAGAAGGUGUUUACUGUUGCAUUCUCAUAUCUUGAGGUUUACAAUGAACAGAUCAGAGACUUGUUGGCUAAUGUAGGCCCUCUUGCAGUGAGAGAAGACAGUUCUAAAGGAGUGGUUGUGCAGGGCCUCACACUACAUCAGCCCAAAUCUGCAGAGCACAUCCUUGAGGCUUUGGAUUCUGGCAAUCGAAACAGGACGCAACACCCCACUGAUAUGAAUGCCACCUCUUCCCGGUCCCACGCUGUAUUUCAGAUAUAUUUGAGACAGCAGGACAAAACCGCUAGCCUCAAUCCUAAUGUCUGCGUUGCCAAAAUGAGCCUGAUUGAUCUGGCAGGGUCAGAGAGAGCCAGUGCCACCAACGCGAAGGGUGCACGUUUGCGGGAAGGUGCUAACAUCAAUCGCUCACUCCUUGCCCUAGGAAAUGUUAUCAAUGCUCUUGCUGACCCAAAGAGUAAGAAAGCUCACAUACCGUACAGGGACAGCAAGCUGACACGGAUACUUAAAGAUUCCUUGGGAGGCAACUGCAGGACGGUCAUGAUUGCCAACGUUAGCCCCUCAUCCAAGUCAUAUGAUGACACCCACAACACACUUAAAUAUGCCAACAGGGCCAAAGAGAUUAAGUCCUCGCUGAAGAGUAAUGUUGUAAGCCUGGACAGUCACAUUGGCCAGUACGCAGUGAUAUGUGAGAAGCAACGGCAAGAGAUUCUACAGUUGAAGCAGAAACUAAAGGAAUAUGAGGAGAAGAACAUGGUGCUUGGGACUUCUAACAUUAACUCUUCCCAGAAACAAGCAGAGUUCAAAAGGGUAUCAGAAGCUCUGCAGCGAAUCUUCUCGAGUCGGGCCGAAAUCAGGAGAGAACAGCUGGAUCUGGAGAGACAAUUGAAGGAGAAUGAGCUGCGCCAGCGCUACAGUGAGGAGGACAACCUGCAGAUCCAAUAUUUCUGUGCCAAAGAAAAGACUGAGAAGGCUACUUGUAAGCAUGAGCGGAAGACUGCCAGCUUACGUACUCAGCAGCAACACAUUUGUAAACGUUUGAAGGAGGCAGAAACACAUUUCUUGGACAAUGACGGCUGGCUUCAUCGUGUUGAGAAUGAGAUGAAGCUGCUGAAGUCAAAUGAUCAGACUUCAGAGGUGUUAGAGAAGGACCUAUUUUGCCACAGACUGCAGCUGCAGGUAAAUGAUCUCCAACAACACAUCAAUCAGAUGGUCAAGCUCACCACACUGCAGGAUCAGGAGAACAAGCGCAUGCAGAAAAUGGUAAACAUCUUGUUGCCAGCAUAUAGUCGACACUACUGUGCAUUGCGUGGAGCUGGGCUUGUCACAGCAGCAGAUGAGAUGGAGAACCAUGAACUAGAGCACCUUGUGUUGAGAGAGAGAGGCGUCGUUUGGGCAGACCAGGAGGAGGUGGGGCAGCAACUUAAAGGUGAAGGGACUGGAGUGGAAUCACAGAAGACAAAUGAGACGGGAAACAUCGGGCUCCACGGCGAGUUAGCACCUGUCCUGACUUUCUCACAUUUGCUAUACCACCAGAGUAGCCCCUGCAGUGCAGAGGGCCACACAAAAAGAACGUCAUUGUGCAAAGCUGUUUCAUCACCAAAAGGUGGAAGAAAUCAGACAGAUAUGAAACAGGAACCAUGUCCCAGAAUGCCCUUCAGGAGAAAUCUGUCUGCAUCACUGCCACCGCAAAGCCCCCAGACCGUCGCCAGGGCCCAAGUGUUUGAGGACGACGUAUUCCCACUCCAGUGCACACCAGAACCUGCUCAAAAAACUGUUCAGGCCCUGCCGCUGAGCUCCACCAGCGCCAUGGAUCCUAACAUGACCUUUGAAGUUCUGGACAAUGAUGAUCAAACUGCAAGUAAUGCAACCAUCAUAAUAAGCAGUGGUAGUCCCUGUCAAGCAUCAAAGUCCAUAGACUUCUCGGGUUACAGCCAACCACUCCAACCUCCCAAGGCCAAUGAGGGGAACCAGAUACCUACCAAAAGACAACAGAUCCCGUCUUUACAAGAAGUGAGACGAGCCAAUCCUACCUACAUGGACAUGACAUCUGCUGCACAAGGAAAGCGUAAAUUUAAUCGCAGCAUCAGAGAAGAGUUAACACAGGGUCUCUCUGCACCAAAGCGUAUAAAGAAAGACCCCUCCGUGGCCCAGAGACCACUCAGAGUGCAUCGGUUUGCUGGUUCAGAGAACAAGCCACGGAGAGUUGUGAGGAGCAUUUCUGAGGGAAAUCUCAACCUCCUCGAACCUCAGAAAUCCAAGUCCAUUUUCUAUAAAACAUCUCAACAGUUCAAACGAGUGACCAAGAGGAUGUAAAGCAACAUAAUGUUCAGAUUAGGCCAUUUUGCCUUCAUAGACAUUUUCACUCUCCACCCUUUUCCGUCCAUUUCAUUUUUAAAAUAUUUUUCUCUAAAAAAAAGUGGUAUAGUGUAGGUUUCUCCAAUGCAAAUGCUAAUAUAAUUAGAUCUUAUGUUCUUUGAUUCAGACUCACACUGCAGUGAAAUUUUACUUGAUUGUAUAUAAACAUUGUAUUGUUAUUGGUCAUCUGUUUAGACUAUUCAAACACUUGUGCGCAAACUGACAGCAAAAAAUAAAACAUUUCCUGUGGAUGCUUUGUUUUACAUAUAUUAUGCACUAUAGCUAUUCUCUUAACUAUUGAUUGGUCUUGUGGGUGACUACAUUUCCCAGGGCAGCUAUUAUGAGAGGCAGACAGUACAUGACCUCAAAUAGAGGAAUGGCUGCAAAAAAAAUGAAUCUGCUUUAUUCUGAGCUGUUUGUAUUUUAGUUUCUUAUUCUAUUUUUCUCUUGUACAGUUAAUAACAUAGGGUUAUAGAUAUUUUAUAAUAAUUUGCCUGUAACAGAAUCUGUUUUU